AUGAAGAAUAGUGGAUACACCUCACCUAAGGGUACCUUAAUAAUACUAUUAUUUAUUAAAUUAAAUAUACUACUUCUUACUAUUAAAAAUAUAGAAGAAAUUACUAGAAAUAGAGAAUUUUUAUAUUUUUUAUCCUAUACUAUUAAGAGUAUUAGCCUUAAGAAUAGCUUUAAAAGGGUUUCUAAUUACCUAUAUAAUAAGUAA